GAGAAUUGGUAAUUAGUGAUUAUCCUAAUUUAGAAGAAAUUAGAGCAAUUGGUUCAGAAAAUAUCAAUAACAUUACUAAAGUAACCGUUGCUAAUUGUUCUAAAUUAAAAGAAAUAGAUAUUACUAAUUUUGUAGAUAAUGAAAGAUUAGAAAUUACUAAUUGUUCUGAUUUAGAGAAGCUUUAUUGCGGAAAUAACAAAUUAUCAGCAAUAAAAGGAUUAAAUCUAACUAAUUGUGGAAAACUGAAUGAUUUAGAAUGCAACGAAAAUCAACUCACUCAACUAACUUUACCUAAGUUAGAUAAUUUACAGAAAUUAAUUUGCUAUAAUAAUAAUCUAACUAAUUUAAAGUUCGUUCAGCAGUCAACUAAAUUAGAAAUACUUAGUAUCGGUGACAAUAAUAUCACUACUGGUUUAGAAUAUUUACCAGUUAGUUUAAAAGAAUUUUGGUGUGAACAAAGAGGAGAAAUAUGGAAUGAAUUAGCCCUUUAUGGAAAAAAUCUCAGAGCUUGA